AUGGCGACCAGCCCCGAAGAAUAUUCAGCUUUCCAAUCACUUAUCUUGAAUUCAUCAGAGUAUUACAGACAGGUGCAGAAAAACACAGGCGACGUUUCGCCGAUUGGCGACUGUCUUAUUCGGCUUGAGGGCCAGGAAGUCACAGACUUUAGUUCUCAAUAUGGAAGCGAAUGUAGCAUUUCAUACGUCGCUCAUAAUCUUGCAGGGAAAGCCAGCGUUUUUCCUUCCUACGGAGAUUACACCCAGGCGUGUGUAUUUAGAACAUAUGGUCCCUGGUGGCAGCUAGCUCCUUCUGGUAGAAAACGCUAUCAAAGAACACCCUCUGAUUUCACAAGUGAAGAUUUUAUAGAAGUGUCCUUCUCAGAAUGUCUGUUUCCUGUGCGAAUUGAAGUGUAUGAGACAUUCAACCCUGGGGCUAUUGUCCGCAUACUUGCUUGUGAUAGAGAUGGAGGCAGUGAUAUAGACAGGGGCAAAAUAACAUGGGUCACUCUGUGGUCUGGGAAACCUAGACCCUGCAGGCAGAGGCCAAGGAUUUUUGCCCCACAUCUGAAAAAGACUGAUUUUGCUACAAACUUAAUUCGGCUUGAGCUGUGUCACAGAUAUCUGGACUACUACACUGAACUGGAUGGCAUCAAGUUAGUAGGUACAAAAACUCCACCUUGUGACGAAGUGUGCAUCCAUCAGCCUGUCAUAUUGGACUGCUCAGAUGAGGCUGAUGGAACAUUACCUGCUGAACUGCAGAGAGAAAUUCCAGAAAAUGACAACAGAAAUGGACAGUCUGUUGAUUCCUUGGUGGAUCAUAUAGGGGAUUUGUCAGUAGUUACUGAUGACAGUUCAUUCAUUACCCAUUUACCGAAAGAAAUAAUUCAGUUGAUAUUAUCAUAUCUGGACUUGAGGGAUUUGUGCCAUUUGUCUCAGACCUGCAGUCUCUUGAGAGAACAUUGUUAUGAUCCACUGCUUUAUAUCGACCUCAACCUUCAGCCAUUUUGGAUGCAGGUUUCUAAUGAUUCCCUUAUUUCACUAAUACCUCGCUGUAAGCACACACAGAGACUUAAUUUGUCAUGGCUUGGGAAAGGAAGCCAUUUAUGUCAUAGUCACAUAAAGAGAUUGCUAGAGAGCUGUACUGAAGAUUUGUGUACGUUGGAGCUGGCUUCCUGCAACUUUGUGGAUUCUAAUCUGUUAAAGAUAGUUAUUGAAACCAGUUCAAAUCUAGUUGAACUUAACUUAAGUAGCUGCACAAAAAUUGAAGACUUCUCCAUAUUCAGCGUUGUGCCUUUGAGAAAAUUGAAAUAUUUAAAUGUUUACAGAACCAAAAUGGAUACAACAUCAAUUAUUGCUGUACUUAGAUUAAGCCCAGAUCUGGAACAUCUAAAUAUUGCUUCCUGCCUGCAUAUGAAUUCACAUAUCAAUUUAAUAUUGAUGGAGAUUGGCACUCAUAGCAAGAAGUUAAAAAGUUUAGAUCUAUGGCGUAUGAAGACUGUCAACAGUGAAGGCCUGUCCCACAUUUAUAACAAUUGUCCCUAUUUGGAGGAACUGGAUGUUGGAUGGUGUAUUGAACUGAAGUCAGAAAAUCAAUGCUUCAUUAAUUUGGCCAGAAAGUGUAGACGGUUGAAGAAGUUGUUCCUGACAGCAAACCGGACCAUCAGAGAUGCUGAUCUUAUAGCUCUUGCCAACAACUGCCCUCUGCUGGAGCAGCUGGACAUUUUGGGAACAAGAGAGGUUACAAAACAAGCUAUCAUCUGUGUUUUAGAAACCUGCAAGAACUUGAUUCUGUUGGAUGUGUCAUUCUGCCUUGGCAUAUCAGCUUCUGAUGCUUGCUCCUGGCGAGCAACCUAUCCACGGCGAGCGAUCAAAAUCAGCUUCCAGAAUAUUUCAUCUUCCUGA